GCUUUAGAAUUCAAGAUGUGCAAGAUGCGUCCAUCUGCAAAAUCUCUUAUAUGUGGGGAAUGGUGGAGUUACAGUGCUACCCAGAGAUUUGCUUCACUAGUAAAUGGCUAUACUCUUCUCGUGGAGGUGUAUUCACUUGUGCAUGGUGUUCUGCAUGUAGAUGUUUUCCGUUACUCGAGGUGCAAAGAGCUUGUGAAUAUUCGUGAUGUUCUUAUUGAAGAAUGUUAUGCUGAACUAGCAGAAGAAUCAUAUGAAUCACAACAAAACCAUGAUUUGCUGAAGGGAUUAUUUUUGGACGAAGUAAAGAAAGAUGACAAAAUGCCUGUAUCUUCAAGAGAGGAGAAGUAUCUCAUUGAAAGAUUGUUAAAGUUGUUUUCUGACAAUAAAUCUGGUGCACCAACCCAUAAGGUAACAGUUUCUGGCCCGUUCUGUCCUUAUGAGGUGAAAUGCUAUAGUAUGACUAGAGUAACCCAGUUCAGAAAUGCUAUUAUUCAAAAGGAAAGCAUAAACUCUGUUGUUGUCCAUGAUGCUCCAGAAGAUCGCUUUCAGCAAUUGUUGGUUGCUGCUUCUUUAUCAGCAAAUGCAACUGGAUCUGCUGUGAUUUUAGAGGAAACAUCUUUGAUGCCUCCUAUUCCUGGCCUGUUUGCGCUCCUCAGUAUGCUGUUUGCUCCCACUAUAGAACUCAGGGCUGAUAAAAGUGGGAAGUAUUUUACUGGUGUUCUGUGUGGUUUGGGUUGGAGUCAGACUUGUGGGGCUCCACUGCUUCCAGAAAAUGACAUGGAGCUGACAUUUGAUGUCCAUUUUGGAGUGGAAGACAUAUCAGAGAUAAACAUCCUAAGGACAGCCAUUAAUAAGCUGCUCUGUGAAUGUGCACUGUGUUCUGGACAAGAGAGAAUGAUGCAGCUGCAGGAAAACGUUCGUCAGAAACUUCUAUGUUUAAUCUGCAAAUCAAAACCUCGAGAUAUAAUUGUUCCUACUUGGUAUGAGAAGCCAUAUGCAUGGAAUCAGGUGGAUUCUCAGCAGAUCAUUGACCAGUCUGAAAAGCAGCAUGAAAGAGGAGAUGGUCUUUAUCAGCUACAUAA